AUGGUGGAGACGCUGAGCGUGGCGGUCCUGGGAGCCCCGCGGGUGGGCAAAACGGCCAUUAUCCGCCAGUUCCUGCACCAGGACUUCACGGACACGUACAGGCCGACGGAGGACCGCUACACGUACCGGCCGUCGGUCAUCUUCAACGGGAACAUGUACGACGUAAAGAUUCUGGACGUGCCCUACCUCGCCGCCUUCCCGGCCAACAGCUCUCAGGAGUGGCUGGACCUCAAGUGCCGAGGGCUGAGGAACACAGAUGCCUACGUGCUGGUCUAUGACAUCUGCACCCCCGGGAGCUUUGAGUACGUCAAGAUGAUCCGUCAGCAGAUACAGGAGAACAGGACGAGCAGUGCCAGCGAAGCCCCCAUCAUCGUGGUGGGGAACAAGCGGGACCUGCAGAGGCAGCGCUUCACGGCCCGGCGGACGCUCUCGGUGCUCGUGAAGAAGAGCUGGAAGUGCGGCUACCUGGAGUGCUCGGCCAAGUACAACUGGCACAUCGUCCUGCUCUUCAAGGAGCUGAUCUGCAGCGCCGUGGCCCAGGGCUGCAAGAGCAGCCACCCCGCCAUGCGCCUCCAGGGGGCGCUGCACAGGAACAGGUGCCGCCUGAUGUGA